GAACUAGCAGUACUACCCGCAGCGAUGUCGUACACCCCCAGCAACCAGCCUGUGAGAUCCACUCCCCCACAAUCGGAUUAUGAGCUCAUCGAUGUGGACCCCCAUUUUCUGAGAGUAGUCAGAUAUUUCAGAUCCCUGGAUUUGGGUAUCUGGGCAGCUACCACUGCCGCAUUCCCAUUGGCCCUUCAGGCUUGGGAAAAGUUGGAACCAGCAGAAGGUGCUUUCAAAGCUCCAGGAAAAGUGCCUGGAGGAGCCUUGAGAACGGCUACUCUUUUAGGGUUUGUAGGAGGAUUCUAUUUGGCCUAUGUGAGAUCGUCCAAGAGAUUCUUGGGCUGGACGGAAAAUUCUAGAGAAGUCAGCAAAGACAGAUACGAGAUCAAAAAGUUGUUGUCCCAAGAAAAGUUACCCUACCACGAGAACGUGUCAGUGUUGGACGACAGAUUGAAGGAUAUUGCCAACAGAAACUCGCAGUACUCAUUCACGGCUAUAGCCAUCUUGCCCUGGUUCAACUUUGCCCACCAUCCAUACCACGGAGUCAGCAUCGACAAGUACUACGUAGACAGACCCGGUGAAGAAGCCUGGGGAUUCAAGUUGAAGCCCUUUGCUGAAAUCCAGGCCAAAUACGCCAAACACAUAGAGUAGACUUCUGGGAUGGGAUAGAAUGGACACUGUUUCUUUGACAAGUGCCACAAGGACUACAAGUGCUAUAUGAGUUUAGCGAAGUGUGAUGAGAGAAGAAGUAGUAUUUCGUAAGCAGUGAUUCUAGGGAGCUGCGAAAAACUCUAGGUACUUACAAUUAAAGAUACGUCAAUUGCUGUCGAUUAACAAGCGUCAACUGUUGUGCUUCAGUUAUUGUACUGUCAAGUUAUUAAAUGAAGUUAUUGUCUUAAAAAGCUAAUUGCUUGUCAUCACUUCAAUGCGCUAAUGUCUUCCAGAGGCAGUAUCCCUAUCUCUCCAGUCGUUUCUUCCAACAUUUCCACUGGGACAAUGCGAAAGCGUUGUCUCUCAUCUUUAUAUUCACCAUCAAUACUUUGCAUCGUUAAG